CCGGAGUAUCGCAUGUACUCGCCUGAAGACGGUUCAUUCGCCAAGCAGGAGGUCUCAGAUGACGUUGAGCUAAUUUCAUUAGGCGAGAAACUACCUCGUCUAUACAGUAUCAGUGACAAGUUCAAUCGGUUUAGGAGUGGCCUAGUAGAUAUUUUACAGGUCGAGAAAUUGUUCAACGUUUACUGCUCUGUGCUAAGCGACGAUAUUAACAAUGGAGGCUCGUUGCUCAAGCUAGCGACAAGCAAUACUUAUCGCAAUGAUAACGGGGACGAAUGUGCGGUUUUGUAUAUGUCUGUGGGAUCGGACCGCUAUUCGAUGUUUAUCAGUGAUGUACUUCCAGACAGCGCAUCUUCCAGCAACUCAGCGAAUGUUCUGGUAUUUGGAAUAGUUUCAGAUACUUACGAGCAAGGAAUGGCUGCUAUUUCUCAUAUUCGUCAAGUUGCGAAGCCAAAGAUAAAGCCUCGGCAGCCCUUGAUUCUAUUUGCUUAUAAGACAGCGCCUGCCAGAGGACGUGAGACGGAUUCAAAGUUAUUGAAGGAAUUAUCCGCGCUGUCAAACGAGUUGUCUGCGUAUCGAUGCCUUGAUUGUAGUGCCGUCAACCGGCCUACUAUUCGUACAGUGUUGGCCAUGGCGAUGUUAGCUGCUCGUCCGUACAUUUCUGAAUUUCGUUCAUUGAGUGAACUGCGAUUUGACGACGAUGCUGCUCCUGUCACUAAUACUGUUUCGAUGCCGGCUAUCACGUCUGGUCAGAAUAAUCGUCCACCACACAAGCGUAAGAUAUUUUCGCGACUUUUACCGAAAAAAUCAGCUGUUUCGAAAGUAUGCAACGUUCAGUAA